CGGAGGCAUGGCGGCGUCGGAACUGAUCCAGGACGGCGACGACGUGCGCCCCCACGUGGAAGUUAACGUCACCACGACGACUCCCCCGACACCUCCUCGCCCUCCGAGGGCCGCGAACGUUUGGUUGGUUUCCCCGAGGGAGGACGGUGCUUGCAAAGCCCUAGUUACAGCUCAAGCGAACGGCAACCCGACCCACCGUGCUUCCUCGCCGCCGCAGUCGGAGGCCCGCGGCGGCAAAAAGCCGGAGGCGGCGAGCGGCAGCAGACGCUUGAGCGGCCUGCAGACCCAGCUGAUCGACUGCCUGAGCAGCGGGCUGCGGCGCCACUGCGAGUACGUGAAGAUGCCGCCGGAGGAGGAGCGCGGCGCCGACAGCCUGCCCAGCGAGUGGUGGAAGACGGGCGUGGCCUUCCUCUACGCGCUCUUCAUCCUCGUCUUCACCACCGUCAUCAUCACCGUCGUCCACGAGCGGGUGCCGGACAAGUCGGUGAGCCCGCCGCUGCCCGACAAGUUCUUCGACUACCUGGACCGCGUGCCCUGGGCCUUCACCGUCACCGAGGUCAACGGGCUGAUCCUCGUCGGACUCUGGAUCGUCCAGUGGAUCUUCCUCAAACACAAGGCUAUAAUAGCUCGCCGCUGUUUCUUCCUGAUCGGGACGCUCUACAUGUAUCGCUGCGUCACCAUGUACAUCACCACGCUGCCCGUGCCCGGGAAACACAUGGUCUGCGCUCCAAAGCUGUACAACGACUCCACGGGGAAAAUCUGGAGGAUUUUGAGGCUGAUCUCCGGAGGAGGUUUGUCUCUGACCGGCUCUCACCUGAUGUGCGGGGACUUCCUGUACAGUGGUCACACGGUCAUGUUGACGCUGUCCUACCUCUUCAUCAAAGAGUACUCUGCGCGGUGGAUGUGGUGGUACCACUGGUUCUGCUGGGUCCUCAGCGCCUCAGGAGUUCUCUGCAUCCUGAUCGCUCAUGAGCACUACAGCAUCGAUGUGGUGGUCGGAUACUUCGCCACCACCCGGACCUUCUGGUGGUACCACACCAUGGCCAACACACAUGCGCUGCGCGGUGCUCCCAACAACUACUUGACCAGGACUUGGUGGAGCCCCGUCUUUAACUUCCUGGAGAGGAACGUUCAGAAAGCGGUUCCCGUCGAGUUCUCGUGGCCCGUGGCGCUACCGUCGUCAUGCCGACAGCGGUACCGCAUGGUGGAGGCCGGGAGGGACGAGUGAUUAGUCACGUUAUUGGACAGAAAGGAAUGCAGAGGACACCCGAGCCCACGGACCACGGACGGGAUGGUGCAGGUCGACAGAAAAGUCAUUUUUGGAAAAUAAAUUGUACUU